AUGAUGCCAAUCUCCUUCAUGAUGGCCAUCCUUGCUGGAAUCACGUUGUCCGUGGCCACUGACGUCCCAAUACGAGAGCAAGACAUAUUUCCUUGCAAUUGUAUUUUUAUUGUCAAUAAAUGGAAUCCUGUUCAUGCAGAUCACGUUGCUAGCUACGAGUGCUGUUAUCUUGCGGGGGGCCAUUGGAACGGCACAACAUGUCCCCUGAAUUAUCGGAACCCUCGAGAAUUAAGACAAUUUUCGAAAUGCUGCGAAAAGAAUGGGGGAUUUGGAUGUAUCUAG